CCGCGGUGUGAGGUUGGUGUGUCGUCCUCUUAUAAAUAGUCUGUUGAGCUGUUGACAUCACCCAAGCUUCGAAGAACUUUUGGAAUAAUUUAAAGUUAUGCGAGUGAUACUGACGGCUGAAGCUAAAUUCAGUAAAGUCUAUAUAGUAAAAACUGUUUAUGAAAAUAAGCCGCUUGAUGAUUAGCAUCUUUCGCUGUGGCUCGAGCAUGAAUGAAAAUUUGUGAUUCAUAACGAUUGUCCUCGGCUCACAGCUCAACGUAUUUCGCGUAUGGCAUUUUGUGAACAAUUUAAGAAUUAUUUAUGUUUAAUCAUCUCUCAUUGAUUACGAGAUUAUGAAAUCAAAUUUAUUCCAAUUUGUAUCGGUGAAAAGUAUCAGGGUUGGUUGUUUGAACUUCUAACGCGUUGGGUGAUAAUUGAAUGAUCUUUGACAGCGUAGACUGACCGUGUAGAGUGCGGGCAGUGGUCGCGGAUCACACAAGUGUGUGAUCGCUUGAUAAUUGGUGAUCGACUGGUGGUGUGUGGUCACUCUAAUCCCCAGGGUGCGGCGGCAAGCAUGAACUGCUCCAACCUCAUAUGCUGGGGCUCAUUCAGAGUCAAGCCGCAGCCUCAGUCGUAUCCAGGCUCACCGCGCUUGAAGCGGCGGGUGGAGAGUCAAUGGUCGUCACUGAUGUCUCGUUGCCGCAGCCUGGGCGCGGGCAACCGGCACUCCGUCACUCCUGCGGCUCAGCAACUCGUGACGCGAAGUGGCCGACGUGUUCAGGUCGUCGGCAACGGCCCGGGAGGCCGGGCAGCUCAAGAGUCCACUGCAGGCAGCAGCACAACCAAUACAAGCAGCGAAGGCAGUUCUUCAGGCGGCGCGUUGCAGAAUUUUAGAAGAAAAUUUGGCAGGAAUAACGCCAGAAAACAACGCGCUGUUUCGUUGUGCGAGGGAGAAGAAGAGUGGGCAAGUCCCCCGGAAUGGACGGAUUCUCGAGCUGUUUUAGAAUGGGCGCGUCGGUGCAGCAGGGAUGACGAUUCUGGAGUCCCUGCGAGUGAUACGGACGAAGCCCUCACUCCGAGCGCUGGGUCGUCUUGCCAAGACGAAGCUUUUAGUGAAGCUUGCAGCGACGACCGCAAUGUGGAGCACAGGUCGCCCACCGAUCCAUUGUGUCCUGCUCCAGGCCGUCACAGAGCUCCUCUGAUCGUGGCGGAUCACGUGUUGACCAUUAACACUGGUGCUGUUCUUGGCAGAAGACAUCAUAGAAUGUCUUAUUCUAGCUCCCCCAACGAAAGUGACCAACAUCCAAAACCUGCCGCACUUGAUGGGCAAAAAUGCAAACAAGCGCCUGUCGUAGUCGUUAAUUAUACAAAUGAUAGAAAUUAUACAUUGUCUCAGGGACAAUGCGGCCUCCCACCCUUUGCGCCUCCUAAAUCUGUGAUAACUUCUACUCCUGCUAAAUCCCCACCAUACCCCAGUCACAAUGCGUUUUCUUCGUCAAACUUUCCUAAUGCACCUAUGGUUCCAAACCACAUUCAACACCAAGCCAAUCAAAAUUUCGUUCCAAACUCUACAUACAAUUCUCAUAAUUAUCAUUCGGUUUCUCCUUCUCGGAGGCAUUAUUCUCCCUCUUCGAGCCGUCCUCCUGGCUACUGUCCUCUUAGCAAUGGCAAUACUGAUAGUCACUUGCCUGUAGACUCGCGGUUGCAGGUGCCAAUGAACCACGUUAACACGCCCAUUACGAUGACCUUAGGGCGAGUGCCCCGCUCGAACCGCACUGACUGCCGUACCUGUCUUACUCCUUCCCCACCUCACAGACCACCACAGAGUCCAUCUCAACCUCGACGGGUGUCUGCCCACACGGUAUCCCCACCACCGUGGGUCACGCCUGUUUCUCCCCACCGGAAAUCUCUGCGCGACUCACCACCUUCGCUUUCUAGUACAUCUUCUGCACUGGAGCCGGCGAUGUCUCCUGGCUCAACUGCAAUCAAGCCUGACUUGAACCGGUCCAUUUCUAGCACCCGUGAAGAUCCUGAUCAGUCGUGUUCGAGCGAGCAACUGAGCUACUGCACUCUGCCGCGCGCGCACCGCGAAGUCACCUUCCAGAUUCGCUCGGUGUUCUUCGAGAAAGGCCCCGGGCACAAGUCGCUGGGCUUCAGCAUCGUCGGGGGAAGGGACUCUCCUAAAGGUUCUAUGGGCAUCUUCAUUAAAACCGUGUUCCCGCAGGGGCAAGCAGCAACCAAAAUGUCGCUUCAAGAAGGAGACGAAGUGCUGACGGUGAACGGCAAGUCAUUAGCGGGCGCAUCGCACGCGGAGGCAAUCGCAGCCUUCAAGAGCAUCAGGCAAGGGGAGGUUCAUAUCACCAUCGGGCGUCGUAUGAAGAGGAAGACAAACCCCUCCCCAACUACCGGGGAGUGGACCUCCCAGGCCAGCCCCAACCAAGCCCCUGAGCAGCAAGGUUGUAAUGAAGCUCAUACUUCUUCCCCAAUCGAGGAAGUUAAAAAUGAGGCUGGGAUGAGGCAGAGGAUGAAUGAGCUGAGGAGUGGUGAAGCUGCUGACGUUGUUGCUGCUAUGCGUGUUGCGUCUCUUGACAUUGCGUCUUCGGUAUUUGAUCAGAACAGUUCUCACAAUAGUUUACUAGUAAAGGUUUGAAAAUCUUCUGUAAAACCCUUCAAUUCUAUUAUGCAACUUUGUACAGAUUUAACUGAAAUUGUGACUCCUCAGUCUUGGAGUAGGCAUUAGACAAUUUCUUCAAUCUUGCCAUACGUCAAUUGUUUUCUAUCAGUUUUUACGUUUUAUUAGAACAACGUAUUCGUGGAAAUAUGUUUCGUGAAAAGUUCCAGUGAGAUGGAAAAAAUAUCGGAUCUCGAAUUUCUGUGUAAUUUCUAUCAAUUAGGAACAUGGGCAGUUAAUGAGAAUUUGUAUCAAAUGCGCUUGAAUGGAUCAACCCGUACCCUAUUCUAGUUUAUUGACUCGCAAGGGAAUAUUUCUUUGCAGGUCGUUUUCUUAACAGUGAAAGAAGUUGUAGAUUCCUGUGGACUAACAAGCAAUUGUCUCUGCGGUAUAAAUGCUUUACAAGUCAUCAGAAGUAUAUCGUAAUCGUCUAUAUAUUAAGGUAGUACGGUGUCUAGGAUGUAAUUGUAUGUUAAAUGUUCAUAAUUAAUUUUGCAUUUCUUCAUUAUUAUUUGUGUCGGAAAGUUGAGAGUAUAAUUAGCGUAAAUGAGGCAUAGUUAAGUCGCUCAAACCAAAGCUAGUUUAUUGUCUAGUGCCGCGCUCGCGCGGCUAAUCAUCAAACUCUGAUUUUGUUUAUAAAUUAUUCGUACAUAUCCCAGUUUUAUGGGAAUAUAAUCAAUAAUAAAAUCUGUUUCAAUAUGGUGUUUCAAAAAUCGUAGUCGUCGGUCAGUUUAGUAUUUGAAAAAAGUAAGAGUUGAAGUAAAUGUUUGUAAUGCC